CAACACCUUCCACAAAGCAAAGCAAGCUGGGCCAAACUGCUACAUUUCACACAUUACAGCGUUUAAAAAGUACGCCAAAGACAAACCCCAGUUUCGAAGAAGAGGCGAAAAGAUAUGGUCAAUGUUAACUCACAGGUCAACACGAGUAUGGACACUCCAUAUGAUUCCUCACCUGCGGAGAGUGUCAGCCUGAAUGCUGGUGGUCACCUGGCGGCAGGAGGCCUGUGCGCCAUCUGUGGAGACCGGGCCACGGGGAAGCACUAUGGGGCGUCCAGCUGCGACGGCUGCAAGGGCUUCUUCCGCCGCAGCGUCCGCAAAAACCACGUCUACUCCUGCAGGUUUAACCGACAGUGUAUUGUGGACAAAGACAAGCGGAAUCAGUGCCGAUACUGCAGACUGAAGAAAUGUUUCCGAGCAGGCAUGAAAAAAGAAGCUGUGCAGAACGAGAGAGACAGAAUCAGCACCAGAAGAUCCAGUUAUGAAGACAGCAGUCUGCCCUCCAUCAAUGCCCUCAUCCAGGCAGAAGCUCUGUCCAGACAGAUAACCUCACCAGUACCCAUCCUGAACGGCGACAUCCGAGCGAAGAAGAUGGCGGCCAUCACAGACGUGUGCGAGUCCAUGAAGCAGCAGCUGCUGGUGCUGGUGGAGUGGGCCAAGUACAUCCCUGCCUUCUGUGAGCUCCCAUUGGACGACCAGGUGGCAUUACUGCGUGCUCAUGCAGGUGAACAUCUCCUCCUAGGAGUAGCGAAGCGGUCAGUGCUGUUCAAAGACCUGCUGUUGUUGGGAAAUGACCACAUAAUUCCCCGUAACUGCCCUGAGCUAGAAGUGAGUCGAGUGGCAGUGAGGAUCCUGGACGAGCUGGUCCUGCCAUUUCAGGAGCUUCAGAUAGACGACAACGAAUAUGCCUGUCUGAAGGCCAUCGUUUUCUUCGACCCAGACGCCAAAGGCCUGAGCGACCCGGGCAAGAUCAAGCGCAUGCGCUACCAGGUGCAGGUGAGCCUGGAGGACUACAUCAAUGACCGGCAGUACGACUCGCGGGGGCGCUUUGGCGAGCUGCUGCUGCUGCUGCCCACCCUGCAGAGCAUCACCUGGCAGAUGAUCGAGCAGAUCCAGUUCGUCAAGCUCUUCGGCCUGGCCAAGAUAGACAACCUGCUGCAGGAGAUGCUGCUGGGGGGUUCUACUCAUGAAACACACCACACCCCUCACUCUCUGCAUCCACACCUGGUCCAGGACCACCUCAGCAACAACAUCAUCGUUAGCAACAACAUGCCGACUCCAAUCCACAACGGUCAGCUCUCCACUCCCGAAACUCCGCUCCCGUCCCCCCCGGCCAGCUCCAGCUCGGAGCAUUACAAACUGGCCCCGGGAGUUAUCGCCAUGGUACCCAAACAACCCACCUCCAUCCCUCAGCCCACCAUCACCAAACAGGAGGCCAUGUGACUGUCCCAGCAACACCUUCUUCCAGCCUCCGCUGCUCUUUCAGGUUUCCUCUGUAACUGGGCACGGCUUACUGCUGUGCAAAUAACUUAUGAUAGAAUUGUUGUACAGGGUGCAGGGUAAAAACGGUUGCAAAAUAUAUACUUGUAUAUAGACUGAUGUGCAAAAGUCUUAAACACAUUCAGGAGUUCCAUUCCAUGAAUGUGUGUAUGUUCUUACAUGGAUAAGAAGUACACUACCGAGUUGUUACUACAUAAAAAUGGGAAAAAAACAUUGAGAUAACUCACUAUUUUAAAAGUUUUACUUCACGUUUUUAAAG